AUGCGCCGAUGUUUGCGCUGUCGAACGUCGAACCAUUGUCGACGGCAUGGCCACAUUCGUCUGGUGACCAAGCAUUACCUUGAGAAGGUCAUGUGGAUCAAUGAACAUGUUCAUAAUCACUAUAGGCCGAUGGAUCUACCGGUCGAAUUAUGUAUCAGAAGGUAGGAGACGCCAACUUGCGUUACCCAAAUAUUCAAAUCUAUGCAAAUAUCUUGAUUUAAGAACCGUUUGAGUAAGCCAUCUAGGCUCUGUUAGCUAUGAAAACUAUUACAUUUCCUUUGCAAUUAUGACUAUAACGUAUCGCUUUUCAGUGUUUUCCAACUAAACAAUGAAACGGUAAAUAUCUGGAGCCACUUAUUCGGCUUUUUCUACUUUUUACAUAUGCAGUAUCGAGUCAAUUAUCAAGUUUUGCCCUCAUUAAACGCCCCACAAAUGGAUUACAUUGUACAGACUUUAUCUUUGUUUGGCGCUCAACUUUGUAUGAUCCUGUCGGCCGCUUAUCACACGUUCGGAUGUAUAAACGAAUACGAAAGAAACAAGUGGUUGAGGAUGGACAUCUUUGGAAUCUCCGCCGGAUUACUGGGAAUGUAUCUCGGAGGGAUUUACACGAGCUUCUACUGUUUUAAUGUGAGUUUUAGAUCACGCAUUUGAGAAAAUCGGAAAAUCGUAUUUUAAAAAUUGAAUCUCACACGGGAAAUACCCCAAAUACGACGCUUAUGUUAGACUUUUUUAAAAGUUUUGCACGCCGGCUAAAGGCAAAAUAUCAAUUCUUGAAAGUUUUAGCUGCAAUGACGGACCUGAUCCAGCGGCAAAGAUGUGCCAUUUUGCAUCUGGGAAGUAUCAAAAAAGGUAGCAAAAGCCCUCGAUUUGCAACUAAAAAAACUCCGUUUUGAAGGGUUCGCCUUUUCCCUUACAAAAAAAUGAUUUUUAAAGUCGGAGUUUUUCACUUGGAGAGGGAGGCAUUUUGCUACAUUUUUUGAUGCUUUCCGGAUGCAAAAUGGAACAUCUUUGCCACUGGCCAUAACUUUGCUAGUUUUCAGCGUAAAAAAUUAACUUUUUGUGGAAGCAUUACCCUCUAUCUUCGAAAAAAUUAUUUGAAAUCUGUGCCAAGUUUCAUCAAAAUUUGAGCGUAUAUAAGUUAAAAAAACUUCACUUACAAGUAACUAUCUCUAUUCACAAGUCAAUUUUUAAAGUACGUUUUUUUCCGAGUUGCAGUAUUGGCCCAAUUUCACGAAUAAAAUUUUUCAGAACGCCCUCCAAACCUACCUCUCAGCCCUCAGCGGUAUCUUCGCGUUGGCGCUCUACAUUCCAGCCAAGCAUGAUUCGAUUUCCUCGAAAAUACGCGGCACCCGGAUUGGCUAUCUUCAUCUAACUUACAUGGCCAUCACCAGCUUCGGCCUCUACCCAACCUUUCAUUGGGUCCAGCUUCACGGUGGGUUCGGGAAUUCGCACGUUUCCACCUGGUUCCCCUCCAUCGUUGUGAUGUUCGGGCUGGUCGGACUGGGCUUCGUAUUCUAUGCGACACUGAUUCCGGAGCGCUUCUAUCCCGGCAAAUUCGACCUGGUCGGAUGCUCGCAUCAAUGGUGGCAUUUGCUCAUCUUGGCCGCAAUGAUUUACUGGAAUGAAGCGGGCAUCCAGCUGCUCACUUACUACCACUCAAUGCCUCGACUGUGCUCUCAUCUCGAUCAGGAUUUCAAUACGGUUCGAAUCUUCAACUCAACUCACGCGGAACUUUAA